AUGCUCUUUGUGAUCUGGCUGCUUCGCCGCUACCACUCCUUGGCUCAGAAAAUGAUUCUCAGUUUGACUGUCGCCGCCGCCUUUGACAGUUUAGCGUACGUCAUGGGUGAAUCUCAUCCUGAGGGAUCUCUCUGUGAUUUUCAGGCCUGGUGGCUAACAUACUUUGACUGGAGUGCCUUGGCCUGGGUUUGCCUUAUCACUAUCAACCUUUACUUCAACCUAGUCAGAGAGACCAGCACCAACGCGUAUGAAAUGUUUUACCAUCUGAUCGCGUGGGGGGUGCCCUUGGUCAUGUCCUCCUUGCCGCUGUUCAAAGGUUACUACGGCCCGGCAGGAGCUUGGUGCUGGAUCACAGACGAUCACGUAGCCUGGAGAUUUGGGAUAUGGUACGUGCCUCUGUUCACACUCAUCCUGCUGAUGAGCUGUUGCUACGCCAGGAUCAUCUGCGUGGCAAAUAACCGGAUGCAAUCGUGGCUGGGAACGUUCAACCCGGAGCGAGAGAGACGGAAGGUUUCCCUGGCUGAGGAAAUCAAGCCGCUGAAGUGGUAUCCGUCUGUUUACCUGCUGGUGUCAAUCUUCCCACUCAUCAACAGGCUUCAUAAUGCCCUCCACCCACUGGAUCCAUCCUUCUCCCUCACUCUGUUGCACGUCCUUUCUGCUCCUCUCCAUGGCUUGGCCAACGCCUUUGUGUUUGGCCUGGAUCGGGACUGGUGGAGCCUACUUAGCCUCGGAGGCAUGCAGCUCGCUCUGCAGUCGCGGCUGUGCGACAGGACGCGGAUCGGCGAGUACCACGCCGGCACCGUGCGUUACACUCAAGCCGACCUGAGCGACGACGAGGACGACGACACGCUCUUUUACGCGCCUAACAUGACCCUGAAAGACCGAGGGCCCUGA